GUCGAGUAAAUUUAUGCCAUCUUUACAAGCAGCUUUGAAUGUCUUUGUAUCAUGUGUUUGGACAGCGGUGUUUAACGGGCUGUCACAGCUUGCUCAGACAGUAUAACUACCUCACAUGCUUCAACACUUACUUUUCCUGAAUUUCAUUUUUUGCUCUUAACAGCAUUUUCUGAUAUCAGACUUUUACCAGAAGAGAAAAAAUACCUCCAAGUGCAGCUGUGUUUAUUUGCAACUGUUCCCCCCUCUUGUUCUGUCUGACACAUUUGCUGUUGCCUAGUUGGCCACCUCUGUUCUCCUGUAAUCAAUCUCUUUUGUGGGUCUCUCUCUGUUCUCUGCCUGCCACUUUUUUUUCUUCCUCCCAUCUUCCUCCUACUCUCCGCUGCCUGCUUUUCCUCCUCCAGCUCCUCACUUCAUGGACAUCACAUGUACAGUAGUUUAACCCCCUCCUCCAUCCACUCCUCAUCACUUAUCUCGCCCACUUCCUCUCCCACACGUCCUCUCCGAAAAGAUGAGAGGGGUGCGUUUCUGUAUGUGAUUGUUAUGUUAUGUAAAAACACUUUACCAACAACAGGCUAACGGUAUGAUUGCACUAGUAGUUGGGUUUUAUCAGAGUUUAAAUGAGUUUAGUGGGUGCUAAGAGAACAGACCUCUAACUUACAGCGUACAAACCUAAAUUGUGCUUGUGGGUAUUUAAACUUUCACGACACAUGUUGCCUACAGCAUGUGUUUUAAUUAAGAGGACACUGAUUGAAGCGUGUGACAGAGGUGAACAAUCGCGGCUCAGUGUCUGAUGCACAUUGGUAAUUGCAGUGUUUUAUUUACUUGAAAUAAUUGGAGGCUGCUGAACUUUGAGGUCUGUGAGUUGGAUGGCACGGCUCCUGUGUGUAUUGUAAUUUUGGUGGCAGGGGGUACAGGGAGCAGAUGGCACUGACAGACUGUAACUUACACAACAGAGAGCAGGGAGGUCAGUGCAUGCUGGGAAAGACCACAGAGACAAAGGUUGAGAGAGGGAGGCUAACAUGCGCGAGGAGCAUUGUUGCCACAUGGCAAAUGUAUAAUUCAGAUUAGGCCGUGACACAAACCAUGUGAAUCCAGCCAGGUCACUUCAUAACUCACUGCCCUCUUUGACAAAGUACUGGAUCACUACUGCCCUCUGACCUUGAUUUGUGCAGUGCGGCUGUGGCAUCAGGAUGGUGCACAGUACACACAGUCACCUUGGCAAUGACAAUCACUCUCCAAGGCUAUGACAUCACUCCACAAAAAGAUGUGGAGGAGGAGAAGAAAAUGGGGGUGGGGAUCAUGUCUUUCUCUACAAAAACCCUGCAGCAUCCCAGCUUGAUGCCCCAACAUCCAGCUUCUUUCCGAGAGGACGGACGAAAAAAAAUCAUCCCUUCACUUCCAUCACAGAGCGAGGAGUGGGAGGAGUCAGGCGAGUGAGAUAGUGAUGCUCCAGGCAGGUGCCAACAAGUGAGAGGUAGCUGCAAGACCAAGAGUGAGGGGGAUGGAGAAGAGUCUGUGAGCGACAGAAGACGUUCGGAACCGUGACAGAAAACCAAUAGCCAGAGUGUUUACAGUUUUCUCUGCACCGUCAGUCUGUCGUGCUCCUUAUCUGCGCUGCCAUGCUGUGUCCUGUGCUGCUUUGUGCCACUCUGCUCCUCCUGACUCCAAUGGAAAUCACGGAGUCUCGCGCUCUGCAUCCUUCUCCUGAUGCUGUGCAGUUUAUGGAGCAGUUUCUGGAACGUUACAAUGACCUUUUGACCCUGGAUGACCUGGAGAACCUGUUGAACAGUCCAGCAGAGGAGCAGUCCACCCUCUCCUCCUCCUCUGGGGUCAAAUCAGCCGAGUAUCCCAAAUGGGCUGAUGUACAAACGCAGCCGGAAACCCCCUGGCUGCGUCUGCUCAAAGGCGCUCUGGCCAAUCAGAAGCGAGCAGAACCGGACCGGUCACGGAGAGGCUGGAACCGGGGAUGCUUUGGGCUGAAACUGGAUCGGAUCGGGUCCAUGAGUGGACUGGGCUGUUAGUGGAGGAGAGAGAGAGAGAGAGAAAUAAAGACUGAUGACAUCCUUCUUAGCAGUGGCGUGCACAGACAAUUCAGGGGGUAAGGGCUUCACAAGAAACAAGUUUCUAUAAAAUUACUGUAUAAAAAGUGACUAAAAUUACAACACAAAUGCGUUUUUGGGACAUUAUUAUACAUUUUAAUUAAGAGUUAAUGCUAUGGGCUGCGUUUAAAAAAAACAAACAAACAAAAAAACAAUAGGAAAUUAAUAUAUACAUAUGUUUUUCAGAAGGGGGCUCUUAUUUGGUCAGAGGGCAAAACAGCAGGUGCUUGAGCACCACCUUGAGUCUAUCUGUGCACGUCCAUGCUUCCUAGAUUAUAAUACAGAGACACACACAGAGGUGUUGAGCUGCAGUGAAGGAUGGUUACAUGUCUGUAGACUUCAUGUGGUGUGUGGUGUAAACUUGCUUAUGUGGUGUCAUGCAGCGUAGAUCACAUGCUUCACAUAUUUCUGUGUUCUGUUCAGCAGAGCAGCUGUAGCCUAUUAAAAAAACCGUUAUUCAGUGUUUAUUAGAACAUGUGAGCAGUCAUCUUUACUUGUUGGGCGUGUAUUUUUUUUUAGUCGAUUGGCUCUUUAUGUAUCUGUAGUGUUGUCUGUGUACAGUACAUGUGAAGAUGUGUAGACAUUCUGUGGCCAGAGGACUGUUUAAAAUCAGGUGUAACGCACAUGGAUGUCCAGAAAUGGUGGCACCUGCAAUUCCUGAAGAUUGUUUUCUAUGUUUACUUAUGAUUUGCAUGAAUAAAUGGAUUUGUCAUUUGC